AUGUCUUCUGGAGUCUUUUAUCCAUUCAGAAGUGGUUUCUGCGACUUAGAUGACUUUCCUUAUAAAAAGUAUAUAAAACCAGGUAGCUGGAUCGAACGGAUCAACAGAGUGCACUUGCCAGUAGAACCGAUAGCUUCUCUAGCUGCAGCUGAUCUAAUAAAUCGACCAAAGAUGUGGACUCAACCAUUUGCAGUUCUCUUGUUGGUGGCCUUAGCCCAAGGCAAGCCCAGUAUAGUUGAAGUUGAGGGUGAUUACGAUGCCGAGAUGAACGAGUUCAUGAGUAGUCUUUCCAAUCUGGACGAUACUCCCUCUGGUUUAGGCUCCAGAUCGGACAUCUCCAACCAACCCGAGGCGGAUGACAUCCUUCAAAAUCUUGACGAUGAAUACGAGGGAGCCACGCUCGAAAAGUGGAAUCAGUGCGACAAGGAUCUCAGUGAAUCGCGGGGUAUUGGAAAGUUUUUGGAUCUGGCCUUUGUCAAGAAAAUAGCCAGCAAUCUGAACCCAUUCUCCAGCAAGAAGCUGCGAAUGCAGUUCUACCUCUUCAAGCGGGAGUUCCCCCUGUGCGGCAGGGAGCUGGACUUCUCCAAUGAGCGAAAAUGGAAGAGAUCCGGUUUCAAUGCCUCACUGCCCACCAGGCUGAUGGUCCAUGGCUGGAUGAGUCAGUCGCGCGGCUCCUUCAAUCGGGACAUAAAGGAUGCCUAUCUGAAGAAGGGGGAGUACAACGUGAUUGUGGCCGAUUGGAGUGCCAGUUCUGCAAACAUCAACUACUUCUCAGUGGUCACUCUUAUCGAGACCUUUGGCGCCCAGUUGGCCCAGUUUGUGAGGAGCCUGAACCGAGAGUUUAAUGCCGACUUCGAUAGCAUGUACUUGAUUGGUCACUCUCUGGGUGCCCAGAUAGCUGGAGCCGCCGGCAAGCGACUGAAGCCCGACCAGGUCAACACCAUCUUUGCUUUGGACCCAGCCGGACCAAAGUUCCGCCAUAACACCGCCGAAUUCCGGAUCGAUUCCACCGAUGCCAAGUAUGUAGAGUCCAUGCACACCAGUGCCAACUUUGGAUUCCGUCGACCCACGGGCAGGGCCACCUUCUACCCGAAUUUUGGAGCAUACCAGCGCAGCUGCUAUUACCUGGGCUGCUCCCACAUCCGAUCCUAUCAGAUGUUUGCCGAAUCCAUCAACUCACCACUUGGAUUCUGGGGAACACCCUGUGUCCGGGAGGAGGGUAAGUGGAAGUGCGAUCAGAGCCGAAGGCAAACCGUCCAGAUGGCAGGAGAGCCAUCUCUCCCCAAAGAGGGAACCUUCUACGUGAAGACCUCGUCAAGUGAUCCUUUUGCGCUUGGCAGACAGUCUAAGUCGGAUUAG